AUGGGAGUCCCAGCUUUUUUUCGAUGGCUCAGCCAGAAAUAUCCCUCAAUCGUUGCUCAUUGUGUUGAGAAACGGGGCCGCGUUAUAGACGAGGAGGGCCACAGAGAGCCCGUAGAUAUUCUCGGACCUAAUCCCAAUGGCGAAGAGUUUGACAAUCUUUACCUUGACAUGAAUGGCAUAAUUCAUCCCUGCACCCACCCCGAAAACAAACCUCCACCCAAGACCGAAGCUGAGAUGUUUGUAGCCAUCUUUGAGCAUAUUGAUCGCAUAUUUGCCAUUGUUCGACCGCGUCGUCUGCUGUACAUGGCUAUUGAUGGGGUCGCACCGCGCGCCAAGAUGAAUCAGCAACGUUCACGUCGUUUCCGAGCGGCCAAAGAGUCACACGACAAGGAAUUGACAGUUGAACGUCUUCGUUCGGAGCUCAUGGCCAAGGGUGCAAGAUUGCCACCACCGAAAAGCGCUGCAGAACAUUUUGACUCGAACUGUAUCACCCCAGGCACACCAUUUAUGGAGAGGCUGGCGUUGGUUCUGCAGUACUACGUCUACGAACGUCUGAAUUCGCAUCCUGCUUGGCGUGAAAUUCAGGUGAUUUUGAGCGACUCAAAUGCGCCGGGUGAGGGAGAGCACAAGAUCAUGGAUUUUAUUCGUCGUCAACGGCAGGCACCUACACACGACCCCAACACGCGUCACUGUCUGUGUGGCGCUGACGCAGAUUUGAUCAUGUUGGGGUUAGCCACACACGAGCCGCAUUUUACAAUCAUCAGGGAAGAGUUUAAACCUAACCAGCCGAAACCUUGCGAUCUCUGUGGACAGUAUGGCCAUGACAUGGAGGACUGUGUCGGUGCGCCCAGCGAAAAUUUCGAUCGACCCCCUCCGCCCCCUGGGACUGAUAUGGAGUUUAUAUUCAUCAAACUGGCCGUACUACGCCAGUAUCUCGAGAUGGAGCUACGAAUGCCCAACCUGCCGUUCCAGUGGGACUUGGAACGUGCCAUUGACGACUGGGUGUUCAUGUGCUUCUUUGUGGGCAAUGACUUUCUGCCUCAUCUACCCAGUCUGGAGAUCCGCGAGGGUGCCAUUGAUCGGCUGAUUGACCUCUACAAGUUAGCGGUCUGUGACGUUGGUGGCUGGCUCACUGAUUCUGGCCGUGUUAAUCUUGAUCGCGUUCAGCUGAUAAUGACAGAGUUGGGCAAAGUGGAGGAUGAGAUUUUCAAAUCGCGUCGAGAGGAAGAGCUUGCUCUCCGAGAGCGACGUAAACGUCAGAAGCUCGGGGACGGUGGUCGGCACUACUGGGAUGCACCCCUUUCAGGCAUCCUCACACCUGCCCCAAUCGGCGAGAAACCGCGUUUCGGUAGCGUCAAUGCAAAGGAGAUGCACGACGCCCGUCGCCAUCGUCAACCGAAUGUAAAGUGGGUGGAACAGUGUCUGCAGAACCAGGAGGCCGCAGUUUCGCUUCGUGCCAUGCUCAAGUCCUCCACCUCUCCCCCUCCCUCCAGAAAGACUAAAGCCCCACCUUCGAACGAUGAGGGUGAAGAUGAAGGCGGCCCAUCGUUACCGAAGAGACCGAGGAGGGGUCGUCUAGGUGGCGUUGACGCCUCAGUGAUCAAAACGAGGCAGGUGGAGGAGGGUGCGGACGGUGAGACUUUGGAUGAGGAUGAGCGUGCGGAUCGGUGUGAUGAGGUGCGAUUGUGGGAGGAGGGCUGGCGCACGCGCUACUACCAAUCAAAGUUCGGUGUGGAUCCUGCAGACGCACCCGAGUUCUGCAUCAAGGUGGCGCAUGAAUAUGUCAUCGGGCUGUGCUGGGUUCUCGCCUACUACUAUCAGGGGUGUGCAUCAUGGGAUUGGUAUUAUCCUUACCACUAUGCACCCUUCGCAAGUGACUUUGUAAACGUGGUCUCGGUGGAGACGGGUUUCGCCAAGAAGCGUACCAAGCCCUUCCGACCCCUUGAGCAACUGAUGGGCGUCUUUCCCGCGGCUUCGCGCAGCCAUGUACCUCCGGCUUGGCAGGAUCUUAUGACCGAUCCCGACUCCCCCAUUAUCGAUUUUUAUCCCACCGACUUCAAGGUGGACUUGAACGGCAAACGAUAUCUGUGGAUGGGCGUGGCACUGUUGCCCUUUGUUGACGAAGUGCGUUUGCUGAAGGCAUUGGACGAGCGUCGCGGUCAGCUCACUGAUGAGGAGCGUCACCGAAAUCUACGCCGUCCCGGACUCUACUUCGUACACGCCGACACACCCAUCGGUCAGACAAUCACCGCUCUCUACGACCCCUCAUCAGUUGAGCUGGCGGCAGAGAGGGUGAAGAAGUUGAAAGGAAGCAGUGGUGGUGAGUACGAUGGCAUCGCUCCGCCUGAGGCAACGCUGAUCAAUGCCGCGCUGACGCAGGGCAUCGCAGGUCACGUGUGGCCGGACCGCAAAGGAGUCUGCCUUCCCGGCCGCCGGAUGCCCUCUGGGGUGCCCGGCCUUCUGCCCGACAUCCCAGCGGUCCAACAGCAUGCUGUCUCAGCGUACUUCGAGAAUCCACCCUACCCCUUCGGAUAUGUCUUUCCCACCCGUCUACUGGACUCGGUCAAAAUGCCACCCAGGUGUCAGCUCCUGCCCCCAACAAGUCGAGGUCGUGGGCGUGGUCGUGGAGGCCGGAGUAUCAACGGAGGCAAUCCGCGUUUCGACGGUUUCUCUAAUGGGAAUAACAAUGCCUGGGGCGGAGGCACCUCGUGGCGGGCUGAUCAGACACCGGCAGAACGCAUGAUUCAUCGGGCGCUGCCGGAUUGUAACGAGUUCUACGCACCAAGGCAAAGGCUUAACCCCACACAACGCUUCCACCCCUACGACCGACAGCAGCAGCAUCAGAGGGCUCCCACCUACCCGCCUGCCUAUCCGCCACCAUCCUUGAUGGGUCCUUUUGCGAACCCCUACACCGCGUAUCCGCACCCCGACGAUGAGUUGGACUGGAAUCGUCGUGGCGGCAGCCGUAGCGGUAGACCGCCAUCGUAUCGUGGCGGCAGCGGAGUUUGGUGGAAACGAUUGGACCUUGAACUCCGUCCCAAGGUUGCGCAAGCUCCCUCUUCAAUUUGUCGCCUCGGUCUUCGGAUGAGGAGCGACAGCAAAAAGUACCGUCAAGAGUACCCCGAUUGA